AUGUGUUGGGCUGGAAACGGAGCAACGCUUGCAGUGCCAAAUGAUAAGGAGAGAGACCAUCGCAUAUCCCUGCUUGUCAACAUUACAGGCCUCAGUGCAGGUGACGGUUUCAAGAAUGCCGAUGGCAAUCGUUCCAGCAACAACAAAAAAUACAUCAACACAAUUUACUCAACCGACAACAACAAUUUCAACAACAGCAUCAACAACAAAAACAUCCCCAACAACAGUUUUAACAACAGCAUCAACAACAGCAUCAUCAACAACAACAACACAGAAACGUUGACAUCGAAACUUCCACAGGUAAUCAUCGCGGGUGUAAAGAAGGGGGGCACGAAGGCCCUCCUCAGUUUCCUCGACCUCCACCCUCACGUCAGAGCAUUCCGAUUCGAAAGUCAUUUCUUCGACAAGCACUUCAACAAGGGAUUAGAAUGGUACAGGUUGGUUUACCAAAUGCCUCUGACGUCAUCAUCGGAGCUGACGAUAGAGAAGACACCGAGCUAUUUCGUGACUCCCGGUGUUCCGCGUCGCAUCCGGGAAGGCAUUCCAAACGUCAAGAUCAUCCUGGUCUUCAAGGAUCCGAUAACCAGGUUGGUCUCUGAUUACACACAGACGAUGAGCAAGUACCCGAACAUCAGAUCCUUCUACUACCAUGCAUUCCUCAGGAGCAAACGCGAGAGGAACAAACGGUCUUGGAAAGCACUGGACAUAGGAAUUUAUCACAAGCAUCUUCAACGAUGGUUGGAGGUUUUCGACAGGUCAGACAUGUACUUCAUGAGUGGAGAAACGUUAAUUACAGACCCGGCUUACGAACUACAAAAAGUAGAGAAGUUUCUCAAUUUGAAACCUUUCAUAAAACGAGAACAUUUUGUCUUCAACGCCAAAAAAGGAUUUCUUUGUCCUGUCAUUAACGCUACCGACAUCACAACAACAAGAAUGAAAUGCCUGGGAGAUAGCAAGGGACGUAGUCACCCACAAAUUCAUCCAAUCAGCUUGUUCAGAAUCUCUUCAUUCUAUCACCCUCUCAAUUUAAUUUUCUACCAGAUGACCGGGAUCAACUUCAAUUGGACAGAACCAUCAAACUAUCUUCAGCACUCAACCGCAUCAAAAUUGAUUUUACAAAAUUAA